UUCUUGUGUACAAAAUUAAGGCAGCAAUCCGUAAGCAGCCAAUCAAAUCGCUUGCUUUUAGGAUUAGCGGUGAGUUUGAACGAGGAAAACAUGGCCACCAUCGAUGCGUGCGAAGAAAGGAUUUGUAGGAUCUGACAAGCUGAUUAUUCCAAAGCAGCAUAUCGAGGAGUUCCUGAACCCUAACUUAUUUCGAUAUCGACAUCAUUUCAAGAAGAUUAAUGGAGACAAUGGCAGCGCCCAUGGAAGUAACAGUGUCUCAACUGAGUUGCAGUACGACAUUCAGUACGUCGACCAUGAAUGAUACUACAAGACAGAGUUCAUUGACUGCUGUAGAUGUUAGGUUUUGUUUGAUAGGUACUGAGCUUAGACAUCAUACACAGCUUCAUAAUGCAUUACAAAAAAUGAAGAUGCCCUACGUGUUCUCAGACACGGGGCAAGAGUACAACAUUGAAGAUGACCAGGCAGAGACUGUGUUUGUCAUGGCUGAGUUUGAAGGAGAAAUCUUUGAUGCGCUGUCGAGUAAUAGCCGACACAUUCUAGGCACCACAGCAAUAUUACAGAGUGCAGCUACAGAUGAGCAUCUCCCCUGUGUGACGAGGCCACUGUUCUGCAGACACAUGGACAAGCUCGUUAUCUGCUUCACAGGAUUCUUAGACAAGGCUGAAAUCAAGAGACUAGUCGUACUGGUUCACAACAUGGCUGGUAGCAUCCGCAAAGACUACGGCCCUCGGGUCACCCACCUCGUGGCCAACUCGUCCAACAGCGAGAAGUACAGGGUUGCUGUGAGUUUAGGCACACCCAUCAUGACCAAAGAAUGGAUCCAGGCUACCUGGGAUAACCGUCACAAACAAGAAUGCGGGGCAACAUCAGAAGAAAUGCUGAAGUAUAAGAUGCUUCCAUUUUUCGGAUGUACCUUGGGCUUUGUAGGCUUCACACAAGAUGAUCAGAGACACAUGGAAGAAAUCACACAAACACAAGGUGGCAAUAUAGAGACCAUUGCCAAUGAUUCAUGUACACAUAUAGUCGUUGAUGAGAACACCGUAGCUGAACAAGUCUUGGAUUAUCCAAGCAAGAUUAAGGUUGUCAAACAAGAGUGGUUCUGGGCCAGCAUUCAAAUGGACGCAAGAGCAGAUGAAAUUCUCUAUACUUUCAAAAUGCCGUCCACCCCUGCAUCCCUCCAUGGCACACCCACCCUCAUGUUCAGCGGAUCCAAGUCCAGUCGCAAACGCCGUCUCAAGGACAACAUCGCCGCUCUCAGCUCCAACACCGACCACAUGGAAUCUCCUAACAUGCCUGCGCAGAAGAGACGGUCCAGCUUCACAGAGAGCGCUAGCUGCAUGUCCAUAUCGGCCUCGUCUAUACUGGACUGUAGUCAGACGCCCGACAGCUCAAUGGCACUUGCUCCUGAGCCAUGCACUCCUAUGGAGAUGGAAACCCCCAAGAAGCCUGCCGUACCUGCGCAACCCCUAUCAAAGAGGCAUAUGACUGCCAUGGAGUUACUACAGACGGAGAUCAACUAUGUCAAGAUAUUAGGCACCAUCAUCAAUGUGUUUAAAGAACCUUUAGAAACCGAACAGACCGGUGGACCUAUCUUAGCACAGGAGGAGAUCAAGACCAUCUUCAAUCGUAUCCCAGACAUCUACGCUGUUCACUGCAGACUGAGGAACGAUGUCCAGGCUCUUAUCGAUGACUACUCUGAAGAGAAGAGCAUCGGCCAAGUCUUCCUCAAACAUUCUGCCGAUAUGGGUAAGGCGUACCCAUCCUUUGUCAACUUCUUUGAGUUAGCCAAGCAGACGGUCGUUCAGUGUGACAAACAGAAGCCUAGGUUUCAUGCUUUCCUCAAGAUUGGUCAGAGUAAACCCGAGUGUGGUCGCCAGUCCCUGACCGAGCUGUUAAUCCGUCCAGUCCAGAGGCUUCCUAGUAUGAUCCUUCUGCUCUCUGAUCUAUCCAAGAGAACGACAGAAUCACAUCCUGACUUCAGGUAUCUCAAAGAGGGACUGGAGGCACUCAAGAAGGUCACAGAGCAAAUCAACGAGGACAAACGGAAGACGGAGGGCCACACCCAAAUGUUUGACAUCAUGAAUGAGAUAGAGGGCGUCCCAGCCCACCUGCUGUCGGCGCAUCGUCACUUCAUCACCAAGAUCGAUGUCUCGGAGGUCGGGAAGGCAGACUCGUUUGGUGAGAAGGGAAUCUGUAUCACCAUGUUCCUCUUCUCAGAUACCCUAGAGAUCUGUAAGAAGCGUGUAAAGCACAGUAACAUGAAGACAUCCCAGAAGACCUUCAAGCACAUAGAGCUUCUCAACCUCUCCUACAUCAGAAGAGUUCUGGAUAUCCAUGAGACGGACGAGUGUCACAAUGCCUUUGCCCUGCUGUGUAAGCCUCCUAUGGAUGUACUUGAGAGGACUGAUCGUCUCUAUAUGUUUGCAGUGUCUGGUGACGAGAACUGUAAGACAGAAUGGCUCAAGAUCCUAUGCCAAUACAUGGCCAACGCAACAUGUAAAACAGAUGCUGAGAAUUUCUUGUGCAAGAUUUCUCCAGAGGAUCUAGAGCUUUCUAAGAGUGACUUUGAUGUGAGCAGAAAGAACAAGGCAGUCAGGGCGGCAAAGAGGGCGACCAAGAAGGUAUCCAGGACGUUCUCCUUCAACCGGACGCCACGGCGGGGGUCAAUCCAGAAGGCGGUCAACAACGUGACGUCCACCUUCAGUCCCAUGGUGUCCGGUGAGGGGAUGAGCCCUCAGCAGUUUGGCAAGAUGGGGGCGAGGCUAGCAGGGACCAUGACACUCAAGGCUCUUUCUCCCCUGGCAAGAAGAACACCUCUCACGCCUCGUCACUUACAGAAGAGUCUAACCAUGGGACCAUCAGCCAGCAAAAAGCUUUGAAACUCAUCACAAUCAGGGUCCUACCUACCCUCAAGCGUGUCAUUAAUCAUUGUCAACAUUAAAAAAACAUUACUUGGCACUAUUUCUUAUAGAAGUAAACUGUUUAUGCCGAGUUAAAAAAAAAAUAUGCCUCUCUGUAUUCUUGUAUUUGCAUUGCACAAGUGCUAGCUUAGCCAUUGCGUUGGCUUGAAAAUGCUAUGACCGUAUAAAGGUAAAAUGUACAUCACAUCAUUGGAUUUUGCAGUUGCCAAACAUUGUGGAAAACUAUUAGAAUUUAUUCUACCUUCAAGAACCAAUAUGAAUCUUCCUUUCAAGAACUGACUGCAGGAACUUGCAUUCUGAUUGGUUGUUUGAAGACUUGCAAUCAAUUGGUUUGUAUAAUGUCAUCGGAGAGUUAGACUGAUGGACCUCCAAAACUCUUUAUAUUUGAAUACAGAUGUGUCUGCGAGGUUCAGCCUCCAGUAAUUUAAACGAGUAUUUUUAAGAGUCUGACAUGCAGAUGAUCAUGGUCCUGUUUGGCAAAAUGUAUUCAGAGUUGAACAAAAUGAUUUUCAAAUGAUAUUAUUUCUUCUCUCGUGUGUAUUCAGGGAUGUAAAGCUAACAUAAAGCUAUAUUAUAUCCAGGCUCUGCAUGAACCCUAUUUGGCUUGUGGUUUGAAACAAAAUAUUUAAGGUACUUGUCAUUAGACUCCUGUUAACAUUUUAACAUAUUUAGGAUCCAGAGUUAUAUCACAUAUAAAACUGUUGGUUUGAUAGAUUACUGUUUAUUUUAUCAUAUUUUUAAUGACUUGUACUUACCUUUUGCUAUAUCCUAUUGCUUAAUAUACAACUCACUCCUAAAUCCUAAUCAAAUGACUUUAAACGCGGUCAUUUUUGAUUAUUUACAGAGACUAUCCCACAUUCUUUUUAAAAGAAAAAGCAUGCAAUAGUUUCCAGUGCUAUCUAAUUAUUUUUAAGUACAGGAUGUGCAGAACUGCACGUAAAUGGGAAAAGAGUCAACUGCCCUUAUCACUGUGUGCGCGCUAAAGUAUUAAAAGCCUAUUAAUCUUUGGGUUUAUUUGUCAGCGAUAAUUGCACAACAUUUUUUUUAAUUGAAUUCUUUUUGCAUCAAGUAACAAGGAUAUACCGUAGGAGUUUUGUUAGAUAAAACAAAUGAUGCAUGUUUUCUUUCAUUCAAUACAGGAUCUAUAAGCUCUUUUUGAGGCUGUUUAUGCACCAUCGUACUCAGCCAAGUACAAUAGGUAUCAUUUGUAUACUAUUUGUAAUUAGUAGACUAUUACAUUGCAAAGAGGCGAAAAACUAAAUAGAAAACUUAGUAACCGCUGUAGUGAAGGGAUUCAGAACACCAAAAUCUGUAGUUAGUCUUAUAGAUAAAACAUACAUGUAGUUAGAUGCAUUCAUGCUUUUAACAUUGUAGUAGCUACUAGCUAAUAAUCUUCUUUUUCAUAAUGCUGUGUAAUUUAUUUGUUUUUUGAUGGUCAAAGCAAGGCUUGUAGUUGUUGCCAUUAUCAACAUGGCACAACUAUUUCCAAUGUCGCAUUGUAUGUUCGGAAAUGGGCACAUUCUAAUUAUGGCAAAUAUGUAGAUAAGUAGUUAAAACAGACAUGUAAUUAUAAAAUAUUUAUAUUUCUAGUGUCCAUCUCUUGUUGCUGUAUUCAUAUCUUGUGCCUUGCUUUUCAGUUUGUCUGUUUGUUCUCCUCUCUGUGCAUAGGCUCUCUCCGGCGUGAAAACUCAUGUACAUUUCAUUUGUAAUAUAUUUCAUUGCUUGCACUUUGUAGAUAUAAUAAUAUAUUAAUCGUUAUUGCAGUAUGGAUGGAGUGGUCAAUCCGUGAUGAAAUUGAUGUAUGAAAAUGUUGACGGCCAUCUUGGUUUGGACAAAGCUUUUUAAAAAAAUACUGAGAUUAUCUUCUUUGCUCUUUUAUACAGUACUACCCUUUCAAUGCUAUCUCUCUCUCUCUCUCUCUCUCUCUCCCUCUCUUCUCUAUCUCUGUCGCUAACCAAAUUUUGCUUUAAAACUGUUAAGAAAUUACAAAUCCCAUUGUAGAAAGUUGAAGUAUUUUUUGGUUGCUAAGGUAAAUAUACAUAUUCAUCUCUCAGUAUGACAUUAAUGUCUUAAUAUAUUAAUGUGGUAAUCUAAAAAUACAUAUUUUGCCAGGUCCGGGUAAUAGUGAUAGUGAAAAUAGUGAUAAGAGUGGCUAUUUUAUGAUAGCAAACUUGUGGUAUAUUAAUCAAAUUUUCUUUAACCAGCGCUUUGCAAAAACUUCCACAAUUUGAUUUUAUGCACAAGAGUAUCUAUGAAUCAAUGUACUACUGGUAAUCAAGAAAAUAACAUUUAUCAGCAUUAAAUUCUCAUCCUGUAUUAAAGGGGCUGUAGCAUGACGAGACUCUGUGUCUUUCCUGUGGCCCGACUCACGUGCAGUUGUCCAAAAGAAGUCGUAGAUGUCAUUAACCAGUAUUUGCCAUGCUACAGCCCCUUUAAUUAAUAUGUGACCUACAAUGUACAGAUAUGCAUCAAUAGAGAUAUCAGUUUCUAUGAAUACAAUAUGAAAUACUUGUAAUACACUGCAUAUGUUAUUUUUGAUAAUUAAAGGGUACCAAAUUUAAUUACACGUUUCAUGUAUGAUUAGCUUUUUUAAUUCCUAUAAAUAAUAAAGAAAGUGUCAUUUGUUAUGUAUGAUGGCUACAGUUUUUAGUGGCAAAAGAAAAUUGCUGUCAGAAAUUGAAAAGGGGCCUAAUAAUGUAAUUAUUGUCUUUUUGUACUUAAAACAAGUAUUUAGCUGAAAAGGUAAAUUUGCUAAUUUUUCACAUUUUGAACCUCUUAUUCUAAAAACCAUCGAGCUCAUCAAGUUCUUUAUCAUCAUCUUCGUUUUAUAUUUCUGUGAAAUUCAUUUAAAUCAUCAAUUACAAAACCAUUGAACAAUAUUGUACUGAAAUACAUAACUGACUUCUUUAUCUUUUCCUAUAAAUUGGUUGGAAGGAGGUAGUCUCUUUGUCUAGUUUUAAAGAAUAUGUAGAUGUAAAAUAUGUCUUGUAUUUCUGUCAGUAAUAUCUGCAUUGAUAUGUAAUAAAAAUAUGUAACUGUAA